AUGGAAAAUUACGAACAAAAUGAAAACUCAAACAAGAAGCGUAAUUUACGUGAUGAAUUCAAUCAACAACUAGAUCAAAAAGUGUAUGAAUGGUUCGUCGCACAACGUAGUAAAACCAUUCCCAUCUCUGGUCCUCUUUUACAAGAACGAGCACGACAAAUUCGUCAAGAACUAGGUGGUCCAAAUGCUGACGACUUCAAAGCAAGUAAUGGUUGGUUGGAAAAGUUUCGCAAACGUCAUGGUAUACAAUAUCGAACUAUCUGUGGUGAAUCUGCAGCGGUUGACCUUACAACUGUUGACGAAUGGAAAAAGCGCUUAUCAACAAUCAUCGAUAAAUACGAUCCUAAUGACAUUUAUAAUGCCGACGAAACUGGUCUGUUUUUUAAAGCACUACCAAAUCGUUCACUCGUCACGGCCAAAGAUACUUGCAAAGGUGGGAAAAGAUCAAAAGAGCGCUUUACUGUUCUUCUUUGUACCAAUAUGACAGGCACAGACAAAUUAAAACCAUUUCUUAUCGCAGCUAAUCCACGAUGCUUCAAACAUUUAAAUGUUAAAGAAUUACCUGUUACAUGGCGAUCAAAUCGUAACAGUUGGAUGACUGCCAGCCUGUUCGAGGAGUGGCUCGUUAACGUGAACAAAACAAUGAUCAAGCAAAAGCGCAAUAUCUUGUUGUUUAUUGACCAUGCACCAUGUCAUAAUCCUGAUAUUGAAUAUUCCAACAUAUGUGUCAAAUUCUUUCCUCCUAACACAACGUCGAAGCUACAACCACUUGACCAAGGUCAACAUCUUGUGAAACACGUAAUAUCGCGUUGCAUCGUCGCCACCUCAUCAGAUGACAUUAUCAUCACAGCACUUGACGCUGUAACUUGGACAAAAAGUGCUUGGGAAGCUGUCACUCAAUCGACGAUCCGCAACACAUUUCAGGUGGCAGGCUUCGUUGAUUCAAAUGCUCAAUAUACUACUAGUACUACGUUCGAUAAUGAUAGUGAUUCAGACGAAGAAAUUAUUACUGAUGAUAUUACAACAGCAUUAAAAGAUCUCGAUAAGCUUCUUACUCAUAUUCAUAUUGAUGGACAAAGUCUUUCAGCAAAGGAAUUCGUCGAAAUGGACUUAGAUAUACCAGCUUUCAAUGAGUGGGACGACUUCGACAAUAAUGUGACCAUCGUCGAUGAAGAAUAUGGCAACAAAAAUCAAAACAAUAACGACGAGGACGAUGAUAUACCGACUGAAGCACCACCAAAGUUCAUUGACGCAAUGGAAAUGGUCAGACGGUUACAUAUCCUGGCUUCUACUCAACACCCAGAAUUACACUCACUUGUUUCUCAAUUGGAUUCACAACUUACUCAACUCUUUAUUGACUCUAAAGGAGCCAAACAAGCCAAGAUCGAUGAUUAUUUUCGUAAAAAUUAA